AUGACCAAACUCACUAUUCUUGCAGGUUUGUGCCUGGUGAUGUGCCAGCUGGCUACUGCCUCCCAGAUGGUGUGCUAUUUCACCAACUGGUCCCAGUACAGACCUGGGACUGGGAAAUACAUGCCACAAAAUGUAGAUCCCUUCCUGUGCACACAUCUGAUUUAUGCUUUCUCCAUCAUCAACAACAAAAAUGAGUUGGUUACUUAUGAAUGGAAUGAUGAGACUCUGUACAAGACCUUCAAUGACCUGAAGAGCAAAAACCCGGGUCUGAAGACAUCACUGGCUGUUGGUGGAUGGAACUUUGGUUCAACUCAGUUCUCCAUAAUGGUGUCCACACCAGCCAACCGCCAGAAGUUCAUCCAGUCAUCUAUCACAUUCCUGAGAACUCAUGGAUUUGAUGGUCUGGAUCUGGACUGGGAGUACCCUGGGUCUCGUGGAAGUCCCCCUGAGGACAAGAAAAAAUUCAGUCUGCUCUGCAAGGAACUUGUUGAAGCCUAUGCAGCUGAGGCUAAGGCCACUGGCAAACCUCAGCUCAUGCUAACUGCUGCAGUGUCUGCUGGAAAGGGAACCAUCGAUGCUGGAUAUGAAAUUGCUGAGAUUGCCAAGCAUCUGGACUUCAUCAAUGUGAUGACCUAUGACUUCCAUGGCACUUGGGAGCGAUUCACUGGACACAAUAGCCCACUGUACCGUGGGUCACAUGACAGUGGUGACCUCAUCUACUUCAACACUGACUUUGCCAUGAAAUAUUGGAGAGACAAUGGCACCCCAGUGGAGAAGCUGAGGAUGGGAUUUGCUGCUUAUGGUCGCACCUUCCGCCUGACAUCAUCAAACACUGGUGUUGGAGCCCCAGCUAGUGGACCAGCAUCAGCUGGUCCAUUCACACGUGAAGCUGGAUUCUGGUCCUACUAUGAGAUCUGCAACUUCCUAAAGGGCACUACCAUUCAGUGGAUUGAUGACCAGAAAGUCCCCUAUGCCACGAAGAACAAUGAAUGGGUGGGAUUUGACACCAGGGAGAGCUAUGAGAUCAAGGUCCAGUACAUGAAAGACAUGAAGUAUGGUGGUGCCUUUGUGUGGGCACUGGAUCUGGAUGACUUUAAAGGAGAGUUCUGUGGACAGGGAAAUCAUCCUCUUCUGUCACAUCUUCGCAAGCUCAUUGACCUUGAGAUGCCUCCACCUCCAUCAACCACAACCAAGAAACCUGUUGUUACUACCACGGCACAAACUACUACCACAACAUCCAAACCCACUGUCACCACUGCUGCACCAGCCACCACAACUACCCCCAAACCUGCUGUUACCACUACUGCACCAGUCACCACAACUACCCCCAAACCCAGCGGCACUACCAGUGCUCCAUCCACCACGACAAUCAUCCCUAUUCCAGGACGUGGCUUCUGCAAAGACAAGCCUGAUGGUACAUACGCCAACCCAGAUGACAGGACCAGCUUCUACAUAUGUGCAGGUGGCCGAACCUUUAAGAGGCAGUGUGGAGUUGGUACUGUCUUCGAAGACAGCUGCAAGUGCUGUGUGUGGCCCUAA